CGCGAGCAGAGCAGCGUCGACGGCUGAACGUCGGUUUGACGUCGUCGAGGCGAGUCGAGGCGGCCUCGAAAACCCGUGCUAACUGGCUGCCUGUUAACUGUCUGUGGUACGUUCUAACCGACCGUUGUUCCGCUGCCACGGCCCGAUCGAAGCCGUUCCUCGGUUCUGCUUUUGUUCGCGUGCAUCGUCGAGAGAGUCGAUAUCUCGGCCAAUGGCGUGUUGGACGACGAGAACGGAAACGGAGGAAGCGUAGCUGCUCCUCCGGGCUCCGUGUCUAUCGGGAAGAAGGUACAAGUGGGGUGGAGCGGCGCCAUCCCGACGUUGCUUACGGACCCGAUAACGCCGGACCAUCGUUACCCAGUGCCCUAGUCUUCUCCCGAUAGGUCGCGCCGAGCAUCGUCGAAAAUGUGACUCGAAUUUUGCCGACUCGUACUCGUGGGGACUCGUCAUGAAGCCAGUUAGGACGUUGAGGAUCGCAUCGUCGUUCACGAGAAGGGGUCGUUUGUGUUGACUUGAUGUGAGACGAGAUACUUGGUCGCGUCGAAAAAUCUUGGAAGAAAAGGAAGGAAGAAGAGGAAAGGAAGGACGGUGGUGUGUGGUUUAUCGAGAAGAGGAUAAAAAUCUGUUGAUAAGAAAAGAAAAGAAAAAAAAAAAUAAAAAAAAAAAGAAACAUAAAGUGAAGUAGGAGGAACGAAAAAAGGAAAAACGGGAAAAAAGGGUACCCCGAUAAAAGGGGGCUCCCCGACGGAGGGCCCCAGCUGGCCUGUGCAUGAUUCCGUCACUGGACGGCGGUGGUGACGAAGGGGCUGAUGUCAGUGCGACCACUCGGCGCCCGCUCGGUGGCUCGGAUGCGCGAACGCGACACCCGCAUCGUCGUCGUACCGCGAGUGAAGCUCCCGGCGGAGGCGGAGGCGGUAGCAGUAGCAGCGACCGAUGACGGUGAUGGUCAGCCGCGAAACAGUGGUGACUGCUGACUGUCGGUGUACAAUCAAACGCAAUCUCGGUGUCGCGUACGGUGCCGUGCCGGUCAGUCGGUCGGUCCUGGGGGCGCAGCUUGGAGAAUAAUGCGCGUUAGGCACGUUACGCGACGACGAGGACGACGGUACGUCACGAGGGACCCGAGCAGCCAGCAGCGGGUGCAGCUGCAGCAACGCAAUUAUGUACGCGUACGGUUUCGAGAUCACAUAGUGGCUGCCGUGUAAUUAUGUUGUCAUCGACGCGCGGCGCGCCCUGUGUAGCUUCACGGUGAAAAUCUGGCGUGAGCGGUGCCGCGGCGGAACGGGGAACAUGGCGUCGGUCUCGGCUGAGACUCCAGCCAGCCACGGGCACAGCUUCAGCAAGAAGACGUUUCACAAGCCGACGUACUGCCAUAGCUGCACCGACAUGCUGUGGGGCCUCAUACAGCAGGGGUACAUCUGCGAAGUUUGCAACUUCGUGGUGCACGACCGCUGUCUCAAGGCCGUCGUCUCUCCCUGCUCCAGCAUCGCGGCAAGUCUCAUUAAGAACCCGGUUGCACACUGCUGGUCCGACCAGGUACAUCAUAGACGAAAAUUCUGCAACGUCUGUCGUAAACGGCUCGAUGAUAAUCUAUCCAUACACUGCGAAAGUAAGUCCCGCCUACGUUUGUUAAUUCGUCAAUAAUUUCCUAGACGUGUC